AGCCUAUUGUCUGAUACAGAGCAAGAAAUGUGGACAAUGCAUAUCAGUAAAGAACAUUUUACUGUGAAAUCUAGUUGUUUUAUCCAUCUGCGAAUGAAGUAUUAUGUUCAGUAUCUAUAUUGAUGGUUACGAAUUUGCCUACCUAUAUUCAAGAAGUUAAUACCAAUCCUCAAAAAUGGGACCAUAUCAACUCUGGUAUUAAUUUUCGUGAAGCGAGUUUAGAUUAUUUUGGGAAUAUUAUCUUUAGUCUGGAAAGAGCUCAUAAUGACAACUUUUGUAAAAGUAGACAUGGUAGAUACAUAAUAUCUCUUAGUCCACAGUAUUGGGGAUAUGAUCAUCCUAUUUGCAAUGGAAAAAGACAAUCUCCUAUUAACAUAAUAGAGAAUCAAGCUUUCUACAGUACAGCUUUCACACCUCUUAUACUUUUCAAUUAUUCAACUUUGUUUAACAAUACUAAUUAUUAUCUAACAAAUAAUGGUCACACUGUAAUUCUUGGAAUAGAUGCUGAUAGCAGCUUAUCAAUUGGUCUUUUUUGGAGAGGUAGACAAUAUAAUUACUACGGAUUGCACUUUCAUUGGGGUGAAAAUGACCAACAUGGAUCAGAACACUUGUUUAGCAAUAAGGCUAAUCCAUUAGAAGUGCAUAUUCUUCAUUAUUUAAAUGAUUAUGGAACCUUUAGCAAUUCACUUAACUAUGAUGAUGGAGUACUGGUAUGGAGUAACAUUUUUCAGCUUAAUAAUUCAGUUGAUACCUCAAGUAAUCCACUUCAAGAUAUUUUUAAUAACAUUAAAAAUGUAAUUCAUGCUGGCGACAAAGCAAGCAUCCAACCUGUUGCACUUUCAUCUUUUGUGGCUGAAAAUUCAACAUAUAGUUAUUAUUACUAUGAUGGAUCGUUAACUACGCCAGAAUGUUCUGAAUCAGUAGUGUGGAUUGUUAACCAAAAGUUUAUGAAAGUUUCAUCAAGCCAGCUAAAAGAUUUUCGUACAUUGAAAGGACAUUAUCAUAACAUCAGUAAUUUAGUUAAAGAAGAAAAUUUAUUACAGAAUGAUCGACCAACACAGCCUUUUAAUAAAAGAACGCUUUACACGAGUGUAAAUUUUAUAAAUAGUGUCACUUCUUUUUCUAAAUCCUAUUCUGCAGCUGCUUCGUAUAUUCUAAUUUUAGGGGAAACAAUCUCGUUGUUUUUAUUUUUUGUGGAGUUUUAAGUUAUUCGAUACUUUUUUAUAAAUCAUUUUGAAUGAGAAUAUUUUUUAACAAGUUUUUAAGUUUAUAUUUUUUAAUGAUAUUUAAUAAGUUUGUAAUUUUUGAUAUCUAUUUAUAUAUUUA